AUUCACUUGACUCUGCCCUACCCCUAUUUUUUUUUUUUUAAUUACCCAGAGAAAGACCUUAGAAAGUUGAGAGAGUUUUUAGGACGAUGGCAGAUAGUGGUAGUGAAGAAGUGGUGAGCAACAAGCAGGUGAUACUCAGGGACUAUGUCACUGGUUUCCCUAAAGAAACAGACAUGUACAUUACAACAACCUCCAUCAAACUCAGAGUACCAGAGGGCUCUAAUGGGGUUCUCCUCAAGAACCUCUACUUGUCCUGUGAUCCCUACAUGAGAACCCGCAUGAGAUACUCAGAAGAACCUCAAUUUUCCCCUUACACUCUCGGCGCUCCAAUACUUGGGUUUGGAGUGUCCAGAGUUGUGGACUCAAGGCAUCCUGACUACAAAAAGGGUGACUUCGUUUGGGGCUUUACUGGGUGGGAAGAGUAUACUCUCCUUGCUGCACCUCAAGUACUCUUCAAAAUUCCCGAUACUGAUGUGCCACUUUCCUAUUACACUGGAAUUCUAGGUAUGCCUGGUCUCACUGCCUAUGUUGGUCUGUAUGACGUUUGUUCUCCUAAGAAAGGAGAAUAUGUAUAUAUUUCAGCAGCAUCUGGUGCAGUUGGUCAGCUCGUUGGGCAGUUUGCUAAGUCAGCUGGUUGUUAUGUAGUUGGAAGUGCUGGAAGCAAAGAAAAGGUGGAUCUGCUGAAGAAUAAAUUUGGUUUUGAUGAGGCUUUUAAUUAUAAAGAAGAGAAAGACCUCAAUGCUGCUUUGAAAAGGUACUGCCCUGAAGGUAUUGACAUCUACUUUGAGAAUGUCGGAGGCAAAAUGCUUGAUGCAGUGCUUCUAAACAUGAGGUUGCAUGGACGCAUUGCUGUGUGCGGUAUGAUCUCACAAUACAAUCUAGAGCAGCCUGAAGGUGUGACUAAUCUAACGCAUAUGAUUUAUAAGCGGGUCCGCAUGGAGGCAUUUGUGGUCACAGAUUACUUUCCACAAUAUUUCAAGUUCGUGGAUGCAGUAUUACCUGACAUUAAACAAGGGAAUAUAACUUAUGUUGAAGACAUAGCUGAGGGUCUUGAGCGCGCUCCUGCUGCAUUAGUAGGCCUUUUUAGUGGUCGCAACGUUGGAAAACAAGUAGUUGUAGUUUCUCGAGAGUGAUUUGGUCUUAUUUGUAUCCUUGCAAUAAUGUCCCGAGUCUCAUGUCUAAUAAUUACAGUUCAUCCAAGGCGCCCUCUGAUUUCUUGGCCUACUGUUGUCCUGGAACUUGAACUCGACAUAAUGGUUAGUCCUAUUGAUUGAAUGACGUAUGGUUCUUUCUGUUCUCGUCUGUGGUAUUUUAGUUGUAAUUGUCUUUUGCAAAAAUAGAAUUUGUUGGAACAU